ACCUGUACGCAGAGGGUUUGUCAACUCCAGUCGUACGAUCUGUCAUCAUCCUUCGCACAAUGCAGAAAGGGAAGUUGUAAUAAGUGGGUUGAGGGACAUCGCCGAGCCGUAUGAAACCCAAUGUUACGGUAGCCGGCUGGGCGAGCGACACUCCGAACGGACACUGACGCGCCACAAAGACAACAUUCACCGCAGCUAGCUUUCUCCUUGUUGGUAGAUAUUUUCUACAGUUUUUCACAGUAAGUCAGCUUCCAGAAGAAGAGCCUGUGAAGUGUGACAUGGCAAGUAGAGGCGGAGCUACACGACCCAAUGGGCCAAACGCAGGCAACAAGAUCUGCCAGUUCAAACUUGUGCUUUUAGGAGAGUCAGCUGUGGGGAAGUCGAGUCUCGUACUUCGAUUCGUCAAGGGGCAGUUUCACGAAUUCCAAGAGAGCACGAUCGGAGCCGCCUUCCUGACUCAGACGGUAUGUUUGGACGACACAACGGUCAAGUUUGAGAUCUGGGACACGGCCGGCCAGGAGCGCUACCACAGCCUGGCCCCCAUGUACUACAGAGGGGCCCAGGCCGCCAUCGUGGUCUACGACAUAACAAAUGAGGAGUCAUUUGUACGGGCGAAGAACUGGGUUAAAGAGCUUCAGAGGCAAGCCAGUCCGAACAUUGUAAUCGCUCUGGCUGGGAACAAGGCUGAUCUCGCAAACAAGAGAGCACUGGACUUCCAGGAUGCACAGUCAUACGCAGAUGAUAACAGCUUGCUCUUCAUGGAGACGUCGGCGAAGACCUCUAUGAACGUGAACGAGAUAUUCAUGGCCAUCGCAAAGAAGCUUCCCCAAGAACGAGCCCCAGGCGGCCGGAGCCAACAGCAGGGGGAACCGGGGGGUGGACCUGACGGAGACGGCUCAGCCCACCAGCCGUUCCUGCUGCAGUAACUAACUCUUCCUGCUCCAACCCCCCCCACACACCUCCACCCCCACCCCCACGCACGCACACACACACACACGUCCCUCCUCUUCAACCCCCCCUAACUGAACAUCUGGACAUCAGGCUUCCUGACGUCAGCCCCGACCGUCAAGUUCGCUCCCUGGGAAAAGACUCUGUAUAGCUGCAUUUCUAAUACCUUUUUUUGUUUUGUUUUUGUCCAUGUUCCUUUAUUUUAUUCUUGAAACUUUUUUUAAGAAGAAGUGUAUAUCAGUAUAAUGGAUGCAUGUAUCACUACAACGCCUAAAACACAUUCUUAUCUCUUAAGUUGGAAGACUAACCCGUGAUGCGGGUGCGAUUUGUGUAAAUCUCCAUGCGCGACCCGCCGCCGGGGCGACGGGGGGGGGCGUGGCCUCAUCGGUUCACCUCACAGGGUCGACUGGUGCGUGCGUGCCGAGCUACGCUCACAAUCAGAAGAAAACCAAACGGUUUCGAUGCGUUGAGACGGACUGUUGUGCAAACAAAGAUCCCUCCCCCCCUCCGCCUCCCCACCCCCCUCCUGUCACCCUCCUUCAAAGCUGUUACACAGGAAGACAUCCGAGGCUCCCAAAAUAUAUCUGUUAUGGUUUUUUUCCCUCAUUUUUAAGCACACAAAAAAUACAAAAAGGUCUGAGUUUAACGAAAACACAUCUAGCUUCCUUUCCCACGUCGCCGCACGUCAACAACGCAGGAACAUCGGCAACCGACGGCUUCGGCCUUCGCAGAUUGUAACUAAAUCCUUAUGAGGUUCAUCGGCGAGUCGAUCACAGACGUCCCGUUUCCACGCGGAUACGACUUGACGUGGAGAAGAAGGUCGGCUGGAAACCUGCAGACGGUUGAGCGUCGCGCCCUCUGAGCCGCGUUAAACCCGUGUCUCUGCUCGCCCAAUACUCCACCUGCUUCGAUUUGGGUGGGGGAGGUGGGGGUGGAUUGUUUUCUUUUUUUUUUUUUGAAUCCAGUUCAGACCGCACACAAAAAGAAUAUCUGACUACUGUGGAAACAAAUAUAUACUCCAAUGUUGUUAUACGGUGCAAUGUUGUCUUCUCCCCCCUAUAGCACAGCUUGCAGAGCUCACAAGGAAAGCGUCUAGAGAUUCCGAACAAUUGUACAGUUCAAUAUAGCUCUCCUGUUACCUUGUUUCCUUCCCUUCGUCGUAGGCCGUGUCAACAACUGGUCUGACGUUGAGCGGUGGUGGUCUCGCUCUCUUAGGUAUUUGUAGGGUUGUAAAACAAAACCUCUCUCUGGUGUCUGAUUAUUUUUCCCAGAAAUGGUCCAUGGUCACGUUUGAAAGAACCUUUUAUUGCAUUGCACAGUUUUGAUCAUGUUUUAAUUAAUGACUUGCCCUUUGGUUUUAUAUGACGGGUUGUAUUGGACUUGGCUAACCUACAGCUAUAAGCGGGUAGCAUAAUUAACCUUACUGGUGGUCUCUUACAGCUUAAUGAAUUUUAAUGAUGUAAAACAGCAUUACUAGUGAUGGGCUGAUCAGUUUUGAGUGUCUGAAUACAACUUAAUAAAUUCAGUAAAGAAG